UGCGGAGUCCAGACGGCAGAUGGCAGACGGCCAAACCCGAGGACAAAUAAGCCAAGAAACUGACAAGAUGUUCCCCGCGUUGGAUAUAUAUUUCCACGACAUCAAAUAACCACGAUACCACGAUUGAAAAUGACGCGCCAGAUACCCCCGCUCAACAUCCCACAAUCUUCCCAAAGCGUCAAUGUCUAUGUCAUAGACACGACGGUGACAAUCGAUGGCCCCGCCGAUUUCUUCCUCAAACCUAGGCUGGGCAACAUGGAUCGCCUAGUUGCAAAUGCAUUCACCUUUUUGAUCGAGCAUCCCAUUACCCAGCAGAAGGUCGUUUUUGAUCUCGGGGUCCGGAAGGAUGCCAACGAGCUUUCCAGUCCUUUCUGGAAGGGCUUCCGGGAGAACUUUGUAAUUGAUGUCGAGAAGGAUGUUGCGGAAAUAUUGCAGGACAACAGUGUAGACCUCACCUCGAUUGAAGCCAUAAUCUGGAGCCAUUGCCACGCGGACCAUACUGGGGACCCAUCAACUUUCCCCCCGAGCGUCGACUUGGUUUUCGGCCCUGGAGCGCCAGGGGCCAGGCUGCCAGGAUACCCUGCAAACCAGAAGAGUUCGCUCUUCGAGGCCGACUACCAGGGUCGGAAACUGGUUGAAAUUACGCAGGACAGAUUUCAUCUACAAAUUGGUGAAUUUCGUGCAUUUGACUAUUUCGGCGAUGGGUCUUUCUACUUGCUCGAUGUCCCUGGCCACGACAUCGGCCACGUCUGCGGUCUUGCCAGGACGACAGCCAACGGCACGGCCUCCGAAGACGACAGUUUCGUUCUUAUGGGUGCAGACACCUGCCAUCACGCGGGUCAAAUGCGUCCGUCUGAGUUCCUGCCGCUUCCAUCAGAGAUCCAACCGCACGAGAAAGACUUGGAUGUUAUACCGGUGUCAAUUGCCAGUACCUGCUUGCAGAAGAUACACCCCAAGGGACCGUUAUAUCACAGUUGUCCAUUCUACGAAGUUGGUGUCCUAGAGAACGGGUUCAGUAUGUCGGAAUCGCCCGAGGAAACUGGACAGAGUAUCAAAAAGAUGAUGCCAUUUGAUGCGGCACCUAAUGUGCUGCUUGUGCUGGCACACGACGUAACUCUACAAGACACCAUGAACCUUUUCCCAGCAAAGGUUAAUGGAUGGGAAGAAACAGAGCUCAAGGAUAAAACCAGAUGGCGGUUCUUGCGAGAUUGGAGCACGGCUUUUGAGUGA